AUGGAGUCUAAUAAUUAUCUGGAUUCUAAUAAUAAAGUGUGUAAAGAAGUAGAUAACAUUGAAUUAUCUGCGUCUAAUAAUGAAGCAAAUGAAGUAAAAGUACAACUUGUUGAACCCUUGAUUGAUAAUAAAUGUGAUAUUGUCAAUAAAAAGAAUACAUUCGAAAAAAAUCAGAAUGAAGAUUCUUCAAGAGAAACAUCAUUUUCUAUUUUUAAUUCUGCAACAUUGCCAGAAGCAACCACCUCACAGGACAAUACUUCAACUUCAUCAAAUGAUAUUGAACCAAGUUCUCCUUCUAGCAAUCAAAAUAAAUGUAAAAGAAGUAUUUCAAAAGCUCAAGUAAAUGAUGAUAAUUGUGAUGAUAGUAAUAAUUCUAAUAAAGAAUCAAGUAAACAUCAAAAAUUAAAUGAAAAUAUUUGUAAUAAAUCAAAAUCUGAAAAUAAAAUAGUAGAUAAUAUACAAUUAGUAAAGGAGCCUAAGGAUAGUUGUAGUGAAGAAAUUGCUGAAGAUGUUGAAAUGAGACCAGAGUUUCUUUUACCAAAUGUCACAGAACAGGAUUUGAGACGAUUGACAGGAUUUGAGUCUCCUUUGUCAAAUGAUUCAAAUUUUGAUACUGAACAAACAUCUAGUGAAGAGCAAUCAGAAGAGUCAGAGCCAGAUACUCCAGCUUGUCUGAAGAAAAAAAGACCAAAGCCAACUUGGUUUGUAGUACCAGAACUCCUUCACCGUGAAAUGGGCAUCAAUCCAUCAUUUCAACGUAGAUAUUAUGGCUCUUUACAUGUCGUAGAACAUUUUGAACUUAUGUACAAACUUAAAGAACAUGAGGGCUGCGUUAAUACCUUAAAUUUUAAUAAAACUGGAAAUUUAUUGGCCAGUGGUUCUGAUGAUUUAUAUGUAGUUAUAUGGGAUUGGGCGAUAGGAAAAAAACAUCAUUCUUUUGCUAGUGGUCAUAGAAGCUAAAUGGUUGCCAUUUGAUGAAGAAAAUUUAAUGGCCACCUGUGCUCGUGAUGGACAAGUACGUUUAUUAGAUAUUAGACGCGGUGCAUCACGAAAAUUAGCUACGCACAAUGCGCCAACUCAUAAACUUGCACUUCAUCCGGAUACACCACAUGUUAUUGUUUCUGUUGGUGAAGAUGCAAAAGUUCUAUCUAUAGAUAUUAGGGAAGAAAAACCAACGAAGUUGCUUGUAGUAAGAGAUUCUGGCUCUUUCCAUGUACAAUUAUACAGUGUUCAUUGUAAUCCUCUUAAGAGUAAUGAAUUUUGUGUUGCUGGUCGGUCUCAAUGGGUUAGAAUAUACGAUCGACGAAAUGUGUCUAAACCAAUGCAUGAAUUAUGUCCUAAACAUUUGACUGAGAGGAAACAUAUACACAUAACAUGUGCUUUAUACAAUUAUGAUGGAACUGAAGUUCUUGCAUCUUAUAACGACGAAGACAUAUAUUUAUUUGAUGCAAUAUCACCACAACCUGGAGAUUUUGCUCAUAAAUAUGAAGGCCAUAGAAACAAUGCUACUGUGAAGGGAGUUAAUUUCUUUGGGCCAAAAAGUGAAUUUGUUAUAUCUGGAUCGGAUUGUGGAAAUAUAUUUAUUUGGGAUAAGCAUACUGAAGCAAUCGUAAAUUGGAUGCCUGGGGAUGAACAAGGAGUGGUAAAUUGUUUAGAACCUCAUCCACAUAUUCCUAUUCUUGCCACAAGUGGACUUGAUUGUGAUGUGAAAGUUUGGGCACCUUCUUGCGAAGAUCCCCCUUCGCUUCGAACAGUAGAAAGUAUACCCUUAAUAGAAAAAUGUGUUACAUCUAAUGCAAUGAAUAGGGCACAAGAAACUAAUACUGAAUCUGAUGCAUUCGAUAGUCAAAUGUUUUGGAUAUUAUUAAGACAUAUUCGUCAUACGGAAAGAGUAAGAUUAAAUCUAAACGCACGUCGAGGUUCUAAUGAUCAAAAUCAGGAUGAUGAUGAUGACGAUGACGAUAAUAUUGAUGAUUCUUCAGAUGAUGACUCUUCUCAUCACAGUGAUAGUCAAUCAGAAGGAGAUGGGUUUAGAAGAUUGCAAUGUCCUCCAUCUUAG